AUGAGAUCCCAGGAGGUGUAUCUCCUUUUCCUCCUCCUGCGCCUGACAGCUGCCAUUCUGGACAUUACUCUGGUCGCCAAUGUGCAAAGUCCGUCUCACACCAGUUUCUACCUCUCCUGUGUGAUGGGCGAGCGAGCUGUGAGCUACCUCCAGAUCGAGAGGGACAAUAAAAUAGUGAUGACUCAUCCCAACACAAAGUUCCAGAACUACAGGAAUCGCAGCAAUGAGGUCCAAGCCAGAGGCUUUUCGGUGGCGGAUCUGGUGGGGAUUUUAUACUGCCUGGGGAAGACCCCGAUGGAGCAGGCCAGGGUGGUCUACGUGCAUAACGGCCGGAAUGCCCACCUGGUCCCACUGAAAGUCACCCAGACUGUGAGCAUUGCGGACUCGGCCACCUUCUCUGCCAAAGUCCUUCACAAGAAGAACACAGAUGUCUUGUGGAAAAGAAAUGGUACCUACUACCAGACAACGGACCGGGGUGAAGUGAAUGGGACGCUGUUCACCUUAACCCUACCGGAUGUGGGUCUGAGUGAGAAUGGGGUGUACAGUGCCGCAUUCAUUGGGGACAGUCCCCUGACAAGUGCCUUUUACAGGCUGAUUGUGAGAGGGUGUCCAGCGAAGAAGUGGGGCCCCUCUUGUGAGAAGGACUGUCCUGACUGCCUGAAUGGAGGCAUCUGCCACGACAGUGUUGGGGAGUGCAUCUGCCCCCCAGGUUUCAUGGGCACGCGCUGUGAGAAAGCCUGUAGGGAAGGGAGGUUUGGCCGUAACUGCCAGGAACAGUGCAACAAUGACCAGGGCUGCAAGGGGCUAAGCUUCUGCCUGCCAGAUCCAUACGGCUGUUCCUGCGCUUCUGGAUGGAGUGGCUUACAGUGCAGCACAGCCUGCCCUCUUGGACGCUACGGCGCAGACUGUGCCCUGGAGUGUCACUGCCAAAAUGGAGGCACCUGCAACCGCUUCAGUGGCUGUGUUUGCCCAUCAGGGUGUCAUGGGGAGCGCUGCGAGAAAUCAGAUCGGAGUCCCCAGAUCAUCAACUUGGCCGCAGAGCUGGAAUUUAACCUGGGUUCCCAGCCUGUGAUCAGCUGUAUGGCUACGGGCAACCCGCCCCCAGUGCGAGACAGCAUCGAGCUGCGCAAGGCUGAUGGGACAGUGCUCACGUCGAUUAAAGCCAUCAUGGAAACAGACAAAACCACCUCUGAGUUCCUGGUGCCAAUGCUCACCGAGGCGGACACGGGCCUCUGGGAGUGCAGAGUUUCCACCAGCGGGGGACAGGACAGCAGGAGAGUCAACGUCAAUGUCAAAGUCCCUCCAGUGCCACUGAGGCCUCCCCGGCUGCUGGCCAAGCAGAGUCGGCAGCUUGUGGUUUCCCCAGUGGAUGGAUUCUCUGGUGACGGCCCAGUCACCUCCAUCAAACUGCUCUACAAGCCCAAGGACAACACCUCACCUUGGUCAUCCAUUGUGGUUGACAACAGUGAAAACAUCACACUCAUGAACCUACGGCCAGUCACGGCCUACCUGGUCCAGGUGCAGCUGAGUCGCCCUGGUGACAAAGGGGAAGGUGCCAUGGGACCGCAGGCGGUCAUGGUGACAGAGUGUCAAGAACCCACAGCCAAGCCUGUGAUCGAAGGCUGGUCCGUAGAGGGGAAGAACACGCUUCAUGUUAAUUGGAACUUGCCAAAUAACUACGAGCCAGCAAAUGGGUUCGUUGUACGUCUCUUGGACUCAGCAAAAGUGCUUGUCCGUGAGAUGAAUAUAACCUCCAUGUUUGUGCACUCUGCCCGCAUCCCUAACCUGGAGUUCAACAAGGAGUAUGGCCUGGAAGUGUCGGUCUAUCACUGCACCAGCCUGGGCCCUCCAUCUGACCUCUACAAGGUCAUGAUCAACAGCAAAGGCCCCUCCUCCCCCAGGUCUCUCCACGCAGAGCCCCUCACGGACACUAUCGUCAAACUCACCUGGCAGGCCCCUGAGUAUCCCAACGGGGGUGUCAGUAAGUACAUUGUGGAGCUGCAGCAGCUGGGUGGGGCCAGUGAGCCACAGUGGGUUGACACGGACAGCGGUGGGGAGACCACGAAGACCAUCCCGGGCCUCAACGCCAGCACAUGCUACCAGUUCCGGGUCCGAGCGAACUCCCAUGUGCCUGGGGAGUGGAGUGAGCCUGUGAAGGCGGAGACCCUGGGGGACGGUGCCUUGAGUGAGGUGCCCAGACUGAAAAGCCAGGACAUGCAGCCCUCGGGAAUAGACCAGCAGCUGCUCAUGGCCAUCAUUGGCUCCGUGUCCGUCACCUGCCUCACCAUCCUUUUUGCCCUCUUGGCACUUUUCCUUAUUAAGAAGAAUUUUUUUCACCGGCGCCGGACCUUCACCUACCAGUCUGGCUCAGGGGAAGAGACCAUCCUGCAGUUCAACUCAGGGACCCUGACCCUGACUCGCCGGCCAAAGCCCCAGCCUGAGCCCCUCAGCUACCCCAUCCUGGAGUGGGAGGACAUCAAAUUUGAGGAUAUGAUUGGAGAGGGGAACUUCGGGCAGGUCAUCAGGGCAAUGAUCAAAAAGGACGGCCUGAAAAUGAAUGCAGCCAUCAAGAUGCUGAAAGAGUUUGCCUCAGAGAACGACCACCGGGACUUUGCGGGGGAGCUAGAGGUGCUGUGCAAACUGGGACACCACCCCAAUAUCAUCAACCUGCUGGGGGCCUGUGAGAACAAAGGCUACCUGUACAUUGCUAUUGAGUAUGCUCCCUAUGGGAACCUGCUCGAUUUCCUCCGGAAAAGCCGAGUCCUAGAGACUGACCCGGCCUUCGCGAAGGAGCAUGGGACGGCAUCUACCCUCACGUCCCAGCAGCUCCUCCAGUUUGCUUCCGACGUGGCCAAGGGAAUGCAGUAUCUAAGCGAGAAGCAGUUCAUUCACAGGGACCUGGCAGCCAGGAACAUUCUGGUGGGGGAGAACCUGGCUUCCAAGAUCGCCGACUUUGGCCUUUCCCGAGGGGAGGAGGUCUAUGUGAAGAAAACCAUGGGCCGCCUGCCAGUUCGCUGGAUGGCCAUCGAGUCACUGAACUACAGCGUGUAUACCACCAAGAGCGACGUGUGGUCCUUUGGGGUGCUGUUGUGGGAGAUUGUCAGCUUGGGAGGAACUCCUUACUGCGGGAUGACGUGUGCCGAGCUCUACGAGAAACUGCCGCAGGGAUAUCGUAUGGAGAAGCCCCGCAAUUGUGAUGAUGAGGUGUAUGAGCUGAUGAAGCAGUGCUGGCGAGACCGCCCCUACGAGCGCCCGCCCUUCGCUCAGAUCUCCAUGCAACUUAUCCGGAUGCUGGAGGCCAGGAAGGCCUAUGUGAACAUGGCCUUAUUCGAGAACUUCACGUACGCCGGCAUCGACGCCACAGCGGAGGAGGCCUGA